CGCUUUUGUUCAAACUCUGAAGUCAGCCUGUGUGUGGAGCAGAGGAACACAUUCACCAGACUGAACUGAUGUGCGUAGAAGAUGCUAAGGAAGACGUCGUAGUUUAAAUUUACAGCAGCAGCAGCGGCGGAGGAGGAUAUUAAUCUGGCUUUCCUUUUUGUUUCGCUUCGGAUUUAUGAAGUUUUUUUUAAAGAGUCGCCUUGGAUAAAGCAGCUGGAAAGAAGGUGGAAGGCUUCCCAUGAAUCACUUCCCUGUUGGACUAUGACUGCUAAAAUAUACGGACUCUAAAUAUAUAUAUGUUUUUACAUUUUUAUUAGUUGGAUUUUGCUAACCAAGAAGGGGGAGGACAGGCUUAUAUGCUUCCCCUCGCCUUCAUCCCUGGAUCUCUAUGGGGAGCGCACGCCGCCAGCUCUCACGCAACCUCUGGAGUCACUUGCGGCGUGAACGUUGAAUCCACCGACCUGGAGAGCAGAAAACGACACGCUUAACCGCAUUUGAAUGCCUGUGCCAGGAGUUAGCUGGUUUUUGUGCUGCAGGCAGGACUUCAGUUUGCUGGGACGGAACUAUGGGGAGAAAGAGGAGGAAGAGUGCUUUGAGUUGCGCAACAAGGAGGACUUGGCUCCCAAUGGACGGACUCCAACUGAGGUGAUCAGUUCUCAGCCUACUUGUGCAGCCAAUGGAACAAAUGGGCACGCUGUCUCCCAGUCACCUGUAAAAAUGAAGAAACCAACCAACGAGGAGAAUGGCAUGGGGGUGGAUGAAGAACCAGACCUGAUAGUAAAAGGUUGGCUGUUACGGGAGGUUGGUGGCAGCUGGAUAAAGCACCGUCGGUACUGGUUUGUGCUGACCCACGAUUCCCUCGACUACUACACCGGGCCGGAGAAAGGUGCUCGGAGACUGGGCACCCUGGUCCUCACCAGUCUCUGCUCCGUCAUUUGGCCAGACAAGCAGACGUACAAAGAAGCAGGUUACUGGAGCAUUACUGUUUAUGGACGGAAGCACUGCCACAGGCUGUACACCAAGCACUUCAAUGAAGCUGUGCACUGGGCCUGCGCUAUCCAGAAAAUCAUCGACACCAAAUCCCCGGUGGAAACGCCGACACUGCUUUUGAUACGAGACAUCGAGGAGAAUAAGUUCAAUCCGGAGGUGGUGGAGCACAUCUACCAGCACAAUGCCAUCCUCAAAUACACCCAGGGCCCCCUGUAUGCUCCUCUGCUUCCUUUCCCUUACGGCAAUUUGGAGCACACAUACCACAAUGGGAAGGGCUACGGCUCGAUGCGCGAAGAGGCCGUGCGGCUCUUCAACUGCCUGCAGCAGCUGGAGUCGGCGCGGGAGCCGGUUCCCAUCAUCCAGGGCGUGCUGCAGACCUGCCUGGACCUGCGGCCCCUCCGUGACGAGGUCUACUGUCAGCUUGUGAAGCAGACCAGCCACACGCCUUCCCCGAACACCGCCGCGCACCUCCGCUACUGGCAGCUCCUCACCUGCAUGAGCUGCACCUUCCUGCCGGGCUACAAUGUGCUCAAAUACCUGCGCUUCCACCUCAAGAGAAUUCAGAGCCAAACUCCUGAAUCUGAGAUGGAUAACUAUGCGUCGUUCAUCAGCGAGGCCUUGGAAAAGACAAAAUGCCGCGAGUGUGUGCCGUCGUGGGAAGAGAUCCAGAUGCUGAUGAACCGACAGGAGAUGCUGUGCACCGUGCACUACCCCGGUACCGGAUCCUGCCAGCUCUACAUCAGCUCGCACACGACUGCCAAUGAGGUGGUCCGAAGGAUGCAAGAGAAGCUGGGCCUUCAAGACAGUAAAAAUACAUUUGCACUGUUUGAACAGAAUGCACUAUGGGAGCAGCCGGUUUCAGGGAACUCUCUGAUCGCGGACGUCCUGACCAGCUUCACCGCCAAAGAGUCGGAGUCUAAGUCCCAGUGGAAACUGUGUUUUAAGCUCUACUGCCUGUUGGACGCUGACAGCAUAUCAGUGGACAGCAUAGAGUAUUUAUUCCUCUUUGAGCAGUGCCAUGAGAUGGUGGUCCGUGGUCAGCUUCCAGCCCGCGAGGAGGACCUGGUGGCAUUGGCAGCCCUGAGGCUUCAGAGCCUCGUCGGCGACUACAGCACACACGCCCCUUUCCCCCCUCUGGACGAACUCUUCCCCGGUCACAUGCUCGAAACGCGGGUUCUCAUGUCCCUCUCUGCCCCGCAAGCAGCCCCGCCCUGUCAGGUGGAGGCUCAGGACUGUCCCGCCACGCAGCGCUUCCCCACGGGUCUCCUGGCUGGGACGCUGUGGAGCCACUCGGCUACGGUGGCGCAUAAACAGAAGAUGGAGAACGACAAGCGCCUGCUCAGUCGACUGAAGGAGGAGGCCGCGGCCGUCACGGCAGCCAUCUUGGACCGUUGGAAAGGUCUGGCCGGCUACAGUGGCAGGGACAGUAUGGCUGCUUACCUCACAAUUGCGCGCCAGUGGUCGGGCUUUGGAUGCACUCUUUAUGAAGUGGACUUUUAUAUAAGUUCAACAGGGAAUUUCUCCGAGAAGUUGUGGCUGGGUGUAGCUGCCACAUCCGUGUCCAUCUACAAGCAGGGAGAGUCAGAGGCGUUGGAGUCGUUUCCUUAUGGCCAGAUCUGCUCCUACGGCGUAUCUGACAGCAACACCUUCAAGAUCACAGCUGGGGAUCGGGAUCUAAUAUUCGAAACCACCAAGCUGACUGAGAUCAUGCAGCUGAUGAACGCCUAUUUCAAUGCCAUCCAUCGCCAGCGAGGUAAAGGAGAAGAUCCGGACACCAUCACCUUCACAGAGAGCACAGAUGUGAGCUUCCAUCACAUGGCCUCGACGCCCACGCUUCUGGAGCUGCCGUCUCACCCCGUUUAAGAGGAACUCUUACCUACAUUACCCCCCCCCCAUCCCCUCCCCUCCACCGUCCUAUUUCCCUGGCGAGGCUCAGGCCCGGUCCUGAAGAUCCUUGGCCUCCUCCACUGGGAAUGGUGCUGGAGCCAAUACAAAGAGAGGGCUGUUUUUCCCCUCCCCAUCUAUGAAAAUAAACCUUCCCCGAGUUUUCCAGUUGAGGCUGGUCUUAGAAUUAAAAUCGUGGGACAGCGCAAGGGAAGGCAGGAGGGCCUGGAAACGCACAGAAAAACCAGCGCCGUUACUGAUGAGGUGUCGCGCACGCCCCCACCCUUUCCCACAAUGCAUCAAUCUUUGUUAGUCUAAUUGGCCACGAGCCCGACCCCAGCCGCACCGCACCCUGCUCGGGCGAGAAGUUGGCGUGGGCCUUACUACCAACCGCAAACAUUAAGAACGAAGAUUUCAACGAUCAUAAGCUGCGGAGCUGCCCCUCAUAAAAGCUCCAAGCUCAGAGUAAAAAAAAACACUACCCUCUCCCCUCGCUGUGCGCCAUAUUGGAUUUGCCUUUCCUAGAAGGCGGACGUCCCUCGUGCUCUGCUGGAACAGUAUUGAGAACAUUCAGUGACACACACACACACACACCCACCCUGACUCUCCCCGGCCCCUUCAUCAGUCAGUCAGUUUUCAUAAGAUCCCGGCUGGGCUUCAAUUACCUGGAACUGUCGAUGCAGCGAGGCCAUGUGAACUUGGAACUGGAAGCAGAUGUUGGAACUCUGCGGCUGAGUCACUUUGGCUGCUAGGACUGCACAGCCUCCUGCCAGGGUGUCAAUCUGAUCACGGAGAAAAAAAACAAAAAAAACAAUUUCAUUCAUGGCACAUUGAGGAUCCAGGGCUGUACGCGUUAUAAAGAAAUCAAAGCAUUUUCCAGCUGUUUUCAACACGUUUGCCGCCAAAUACUCUGAUCCACCCCCGUUGUCGUGCUGCUCGUUGUCCCGGGCGUGAAACCUGGAGAGCACCCGACCCGGUGCAGCACUCUUCUGCUGAAGAUAACAACAGGUGCUUCUUUAUUUAACGGAAGGAACGUCCCGAAGCUUCAUCGCCUCGCCGUUAACACGCAGUGCCCCACGAGUUGCCUGGCAUGCAAGAAAAGAAACAUUUCUAAUGUGGACGCUUUUGCAUUAUUUAUGCAGACUUUUUUUCUUUUCUUUUUUUUAACUCUUUGUCUUAAAUGUAGAUCCAGACUUAUUUUUACAUUAAGUUUGCUCUAAGUGACCAGGGCCAUUGGUUUGUUGGUUCUAAUCCUCUCUAGCUCCUGUUUUCCUCCCUGAAAAGCCAAACUUGGACCAAAGACUAGUUUUCGUUUUUAUAUAUAUAUAUAUAAGCUUUUAGAAAAAGAAGCCAACAAAUCCAGUCAGAAUCCCUAACCGUACUUAAAUGUUUUGUCUUCCAAGAUCAAUAUCUAAGAGUCAGUUGUAUAUUUUUGGUAAGGAUGAUCCUAAAGUGAUAUCUGCUACACACUCUAGAAAAUAACCAGUUUGAACACUUUUGUUUCUAUGCCAUGAAAGGCCUUGACAAGUCAUUGCCCUCUCCCUGGUUCAGAAGCAGGUCUUUAGCUUUUUUUUCCCACUGCAGCUGCAGGCAGCUCCAUACUAGAUAUGUAAAAAAAAAACCAACAAAACAAAAAAAAGACGGCAGAUGUCCUUGCUUAGUAUUAAGCUUGUCUGUAAGCUGCAUGGUACCUUUUUAUGUAAUGUGUAUAUUUAAUUGCACUAUUUUUAACUAACUUGGGAGUGCAAUAAAAAAAACUAUAAAUACUGUAAUUAAUAAAACAAAACACAAAUUUUA